UACGUUGUUUUGAUUUCUUGUUGUGGCUGAUCUACACGUAGUUAAAUCACCACAACAAGAGAGAUAACUCUCAUAUUGACAACGCGUUUCGGGAAAUCCUGCUAUUAUUUAACGGAGGAUGUUCUGCAACUCUACAAAAUUCCAGUCGUUUGAUUCCUCACAACAAAAAUAGCCCUACUUAAGAUGCCUACAAGAAUUCAGGUCAAGCUUGUUACGGAGCACAAGAAAUAUUUGGAAGAACAGAUACAAGUUCUGGAACCUGUUUUGGGAAAUAUAAAAAAUGUUGUUACAAAAAGUAAGGCGUGGCUAGAAGAAAAAACUGACCAAUCAUCUGUCAGCUACAUCGAGCUAUCUCAAGAACUGGACACAGCAGCCACGGCCUUGUUGGAUGUGACGUCAUAUAUUUUAAGCGAAAAUGAAGAGCUUGUAGAUGUUGAUGGUAGAACGCCAUCUUUAGCUCAGUCUACUCUAGAGCCUACAAAAACAGAGACACCUGACCAAAGUGAAUCAACAAAUCAAGUGACUAAACUAGUUGAAAAUCAAGAAGAAGUAUUCACUCGACUGGGGCUUUUAGAAAGCAGCAUAUCUUGUCUACAAAGUUCAAUACAAAAAACUAAAGAAGAUACGUCAGAAAUAAAUCAAUGGAGAAACAACUUUGUAACAGAAAAGAAUGACAUGGAGCUAAAAAUUGAACAACUGACUAAAAAACAAAAGCUGAAUUUUAAAAACCUCAGAAAACAAAUAAGUGAACAAGAUAACAAAGUAAAGGAGCUGAACAAAGAAAUUGAAAGCUUAAAAGAAAAAGAAUCCAAGUCAAACAAAACACUAGAGAAACUGUCUCUAGAUAUGAAAGAAUAUGAAAACAACUUACUUAAAAUAAGUAAAGAGAUGCAAGAUCACGCAGAUACAACUGAGAGUAUAACACAAGAAAUUAAAAGACAUUCAGAUCAGAUGUCUACCCUACAAGAAGAGAGUUAUAAAAUCAAGCUUAAUACAUCAACUCAAAUAGAAAAGCACAGUCUAAUGUACAAACUCCUCCAACAAAGGUUGAUGCCCAUUGACAAACUGAUUCAAAUCUUUAACCAGAACUUGGAAACAAGGGAAAAAAGAAUAACAAAGCUGGAAAAUAUUGAAGAUGCUAUUUCAAAAUUGUCCAAAGAUUUGAAUCUCAUAGAGUCACGUGUAUGUAACAGAUAUGCUUGUUAUGUACAGCUUGAUGAACACACACCUGUUAGUCAUGGAUCAAUUAUUUCAACAUUUUAUGAAGUACGUGAAUAUAACGGUCAACAUUUUAAUCAAACAACAGGAAAAUUUGUAUCACCGCAUGAUGGUUUAUAUCUUGUCUGUGUGACUCUUAAUGAAAGGGAAGAUAAACAGAUCAUAGUUGGUGUUCGGGCUAGAGACGAGUGGUUUACGACUAUAGAAGUGAAAUGUGCCAACACUAGCGCUGCUGAGUCAGUGGUUGUUGACAUGAAGAAAGGUCAAGAACUUUACCUUAAAGUGUUUUACGCAGAUAAAGGCGCAGCUUUAUCCUGCUACAACAGUUUUACUAUCGUUAGUUUAUAGAAGUACAACACGAAAUAUGGUGGAUGGUAAAUUCUCAAACAAUAAAAUAUGUAACCACCAUGUAAUACACACGCUAACCACUUUCUAUGUGUGUAGACUACAUGUCCGCACAAACUUAAGUGGUUUAUAUGUUAUUUGUUUAGUCAUCAUUUGGGAGUUCUAGCUUAUUCAAUGUGCUCACCAAUAAUGUGUCAUACUUGACGCCACUAAGCUCAUAUCUCUAAUAGACUAUAAGACUGCUUUGUUUAAAUAUCUUUUAUCACGCACUAGGUGUAUGGUCUAAUCAUAAUUUUCAUGUUAAUUGUUAAAACAAACAACUUAUACCUGGAACUACAUGAUUAUGAACUAUUUAAAAAAAGAUUGUUAGAAUGAGUUCACUUAACAAACAUUAACAUUUGUAUUGUGUAUUAAAAAAAUUAAUUUGUUAUAAAUUUUAAAGAAUUUUUAUAUUAUUAUACUGCAAAGA